ACCCAUUAAUACCUUUUCUUCUUAGGCUUCUUCCAUCUUUCUCUCACUGCAUAGAGAGAGAGAGAAAGAGAGAGAUCUAGAGAGAGCGUGUGUUGUUUUUAAUUUUGAGCUAGGAUCAAGAAAUGGGAGCCUGUGCCAGUGUGCCCAAGGCCAUGCUAGCCGAAGCCGGCCGUACGGCGCCACCACCGGAGCCGGCAAAGGAAGAAAAGGAGGUGGAGGAAGUGAAGGCAGAAGAACAAAGGAAGCCGGUGGAAGAAAAGAAGGUAGAGGUGGUGGAAGAUGGUGCGGUUGAUGAGAAUGAUAAGCGCCAAUCUCUUGAGGCUUUGCUCACCGAGCAUCAAAUUAAAGAAGUGAAGGAGUCACCAGAAUCUGAGAACACCACCACCCAAAAAGAAACCAUUCCAUCAGAGACAUCACAAAAGCCAGAAGAAGAACCAAAGGCCAAGGAAGUGUCCGUUGCAAAAGAGUCACCGGAAUCUGACACCACCACCCACGCCGAAACCACCAUUAAUCCUUUGGACACAGUACAAAAGGCAGAACCACCAAAGGCCGAGACGGUCACCAUUGCAAAAGAGUCACCGGAAUCUGACACCACCACCCACAAAGAAACCAAUAUUUCUUCGUCAGAGACGGUACAAAAGGCAGAAGAACCAAAGUUGACCGCCAACUUGGUUCCCAUUGCACGAGAGUCACCGGAGUCACCGGUUCUAAAGGCGGAAGAAGAGGAGUUUCCGGUAGCAGAUGUGGUUGCAAGGGUCCCGACGAUGUAUGAACCUGAGACCAUUAAAGAGGUGAAUAAAGCAGCAUAGUUAAUGGUAUUUAUGCUGAGCUGAAAUGGGAGGCUAUCAAUAUAUGUCGAUAUUGCUUACACACUAGGAGGGGUCCAGCCUAGCUGUUAAUUAGCUAGUGAAAAAGUAUUUGACAUAAACUCUAGUACUGUACUCAGGAUAUUUGGUUCUUGUUGAUUAUUAUUAUAUAUUGUUUUAAAAGUUUUUUAUUUUA